GGAACGCAGCCUGAAUCAGGCCAGAGGAUAGAGUGAAGGAGCAAACAGGGCAAGAGUAAGAGCAGCAAGGUAGAGAAAAGCAAAAUAGAAAGAAGAGGAAUUUGUUGAUGUAAUUUGAACUCUUAUUACAUUAUAAUAAUUAAUUAUUGUUAUAAAAGAGUUGCCAGCCUCUGAAAUCAAAAUAUGUCAAUGGUUUAAACAUGCCGUGCUGGUAUUACGAAAAGAAGGAACUACGCAAUACGCCGUCUAUUCAGGAUGGUAUCGAUUAUGAGACAGAAUGUAGAUACCGAAAGGAAGGCGCGCGUUUUAUUAUCGAUACUGGUACAAAAAUGGAUUUAGGUUACAAUACGAUGGCAACGGGUGUUAUUUAUUUUCAUCGGUUCUACAUGUUCCAUUCAUUCAAAAAUUUUCCACGAUAUGUAACAGCUUGCUGCUGUUUACUCUUAGCUGGUAAAGUUGAAGAAACGCCGAAAAAAUGUAAAGAUAUCAUAAGGACUGCUAAAACUUUAGUGUCAGAACAGAAAUUUAUGACAUUUGGGGAAGAUCCUAAAGAAGAGGUUUUAAUAUUGGAAAGAAUUUUAUUGCAAACUAUCAAAUUUGAUCUACAAGUGGAACAUCCAUAUAGUUAUUUAUUAAAAUAUGCAAAAUGUCUGAAAGGCGAUAAAAACAAGCUGCAAAAGAUGGUUCAAAUGGCUUGGACAUUUGUUAACGAUAGUUUAUGUACCACUUUGUCACUACAAUGGGAGCCAGAGAUCAUAGCUGUUGCUCUAAUGUACUUGGCAGGAAAAUUAAGCAAGUUUGAAGUAGUAGAUUGGGUUGGAAGACAACCAAAACAUUUACGCUGGUGGGAUAUGUUUGUUGAAGAUGUAACUAUGGAUCUUUUAGAAGAUAUUUGUCAUCAAGUAUUGGAUUUAUAUUCGCAAGCUAGUACAAAACCACCAGAUUCACCACCUAUGAUACCAUCCAGCGAAAUGUGCAGAGAACGACCUAUUAUUGCUACUGCUAUAGAAUCUGCAUCUAAUACACCAAACGUGACACCUGGAAAAUCAUCUAAGAACACCGAAUCAACUGCUUCUGCAAAUGGAUGUCCAGCUACAGACAUUUCAGAUACAAUAAAACCACUAGACACGUCAACGGCUCAUUUUCCCACGUACUCGACGAAUUUUACCUCCAACAAUACAAAUUAUCCACCGGCAUUUCCACCUACGAAUGUUUCGGUUCCUCCUCCUCCUGUGAAUACAAUGAAUCAUAUUGUAUCAACAAUGCAUCAUAUUGGAUCAUCUGCUACUAUUCGCCCUACACCACCAUCGGCACCAACUACCAACCAAACUGCUUUCCAACCAUAUUCCUAUCCGACAAACGCAUCCUACUUUCCAGCGACUAAUCCAAUUCCACCAGCAGCACCACCACGUACCUAUUAUCCACCACAACCAUAAUUGAAAGCAAUUAAUAUAUUUAGUUUAAACUGUAUCUGUAUUUUAUCUUAAUUAAAGAUGAAUGUUGAAAUAAUGAAAACAAAUUUUUGUGCGUGCAUGCACAAAUACUU